CGCGCCACAUUCUAUCCUAUCGGAAGAGGAGAGGGUGAUGUCACCUGCGAGUUGGUAACCUAGAGCCGCUGUGGAGGAAACUGUUUAACCCGAUCCCAUUGUACCGGAGCGCAUAGCCGCCUUUCCAGCAUGCGGGGACUGCUCAGAGCGUAACCUAAGAGCUGAAUCAAGAUCUGUUCAUUUGGUGUUUGGAAAAGAGACGGUGGCUGGAUGCUGGUCAGCUGGCUUGAGCUGUUGGCGGGCAGCUUCAGAGAGGGCCUUUGCUGGAGCAGCCUCUACAGGCCUGUGUUGGUUGGGGGGCUUGAAUUUGCCUGGAGCUCAGGAUAACAAGGUCCUUCGUCAUCCACCACAGUAGUAAGCCGUUGUGGUGGUGGGAGAACCCAGGGCCUCCUGCAUACUAGUGUGGUGACUCUUCCUGACUGAUAAAGAAGAUCUCGUACAUUUCACUCACUAAAGAUAGAACUUCAGGAGCAUGUACUGGAGAAUAUUGCUGGAAGUCAACUUUAAAGUUGCUGCAGCCAAACAUUCAGUUGCCAAAGCUUAGUCACAUCAGGAAACAACAGAAUUCAGCCAUGGCACCAAGGAAGAGAGGUGGACGGGGGAUUUCAUUUAUCUUUUGCUGUUUCCGGAAUAAUGACCACCCAGAAAUCACGUAUCGGCUGCGAAAUGAUAGCAGUUUUGCGCUUCAGACUAUGGAGCCAGCGCUGCCCAUGCCCCCUGUGGAGGAGCUAGACGUCAUGUUCAGUGAGCUUGUGGAUGAACUUGACCUUACAGACAAACACAGGGAAGCCAUGUUUGCACUGCCAGCUGAGAAAAAGUGGCAAAUAUAUUGCAGCAAGAAAAAGGACCAGGAAGAAAACAAGGGAGCUACAAGUUGGCCUGAAUUCUACAUCGAUCAGCUCAAUUCCAUGGCUGCUAGAAAAUCUCUGCUGGCUUUAGAAAAAGAAGAAGAAGAAGAGAGAAGUAAAACUAUAGAGAGUUUAAAGACAGCACUGAGGACAAAACCAAUGAGGUUUGUCACCAGGUUUAUUGACUUGGACGGCCUGUCAUGCAUUCUCAAUUUUCUGAAGACCAUGGACUAUGAGACCUCGGAGUCUCGAAUACAUACCUCUCUCAUUGGAUGUAUAAAGGCGCUAAUGAAUAACUCUCAGGGCCGGGCUCAUGUCCUGGCUCAUUCUGAGAGUAUUAAUGUAAUUGCUCAGAGUCUGAGCACUGAGAACAUUAAAACAAAAGUGGCCGUGCUGGAAAUCUUGGGCGCCGUGUGCCUGGUUCCCGGGGGCCACAAGAAGGUUCUACAGGCCAUGCUGCACUAUCAGAAGUAUGCCAGCGAAAGGACGCGCUUCCAGACGUUAAUUAAUGACUUAGACAAAAGCACCGGGCGGUAUCGAGAUGAAGUGAAUCUCAAGACUGCCAUCAUGUCCUUCAUUAACGCAGUACUAAGCCAAGGCGCAGGAGUGGAGAGUUUGGACUUCAGACUUCAUCUUCGCUAUGAAUUUCUAAUGUUAGGAAUUCAGCCCGUAAUAGAUAAAUUAAGGGAACAUGAGAAUUCAACAUUAGAUAGGCAUUUAGAUUUUUUUGAAAUGCUCCGAAAUGAAGAUGAACUAGAAUUUGCCAAAAGAUUUGAACUGGUUCAUAUAGAUACAAAAAGUGCAACGCAGAUGUUCGAGCUAACCAGGAAGAGGCUGACGCACAGUGAAGCCUACCCUCACUUCAUGUCCAUCCUGCACCACUGCCUCCAAAUGCCUUACAAGAGGAGUGGCAACACUGUCCAGUACUGGCUACUACUAGAUAGAAUUAUACAGCAAAUAGUCAUCCAGAAUGACAAAGGACAGGACCCUGACUCCACACCUUUGGAAAACUUUAAUAUUAAAAAUGUUGUACGAAUGUUGGUUAAUGAAAAUGAAGUUAAGCAGUGGAAGGAACAAGCAGAAAAGAUGAGAAAAGAGCACAAUGAAUUACAACAGAAACUGGAAAAGAAAGAGAGAGAAUGUGAUGCCAAGGCCCAAGAGAAGGAAGAAAUGAUGCAGACCUUAAAUAAAAUGAAAGAGAAACUUGAGAAGGAGACGACUGAACACAAGCAGGUCAAGCAGCAGGUGGCGGACCUCACAGCCCAGCUCCAUGAGCUCAGCAGGAGGGCUGUCUGUGCUUCAGUCCCGGGAGGACCCUCACCCGGAGCCCCAGGAGGACCCUUUCCUUCCUCCAUGCCGGGUUCCCUUCUCCCCCCGCUGCCCUCAACUCUGCCAGGUGGAGCCCCUCCUCCGCCACCGCCUCCCCUUCCUCCUGGAGGUCCUCCCCCUCCCCCAGGGCCUCCUCCCUUAGGAGGAAUCAUGCCACCUCCUGGGGCUCCAGUGGGACUGGCCCUCAAGAAGAAAAAUAUUCCUCAACCCACAAAUGCCCUCAAAUCCUUCAACUGGUCCAAGCUGCCUGAGAACAAACUGGACAGAACAGUAUGGACUGAAAUUGAUGAUACCAAAGUCUUCAAAGUUCUAGAUCUCGAAGACCUGGAAAGAACUUUCUCUGCCUAUCAAAGACAGCAGAAAGAAGCAGAUGCUAUUGAUGACACACUGAGUUCCAAGCUGAAAGUCAAAGAGCUCUCAGUGAUUGAUGGCCGGAGAGCCCAGAAUUGCAACAUCCUUCUGUCGAGGUUGAAAUUAUCCAAUGAUGAGAUCAAACGGGCAAUUCUAACAAUGGAUGAGCAGGAAGAUCUGCCCAAGGACAUGUUGGAACAGCUUUUGAAGUUCGUUCCUGAAAAAAGUGAUAUAGACCUGUUGGAGGAACACAAACAUGAACUGGAUCGGAUGGCCAAGGCUGAUCGGUUUCUUUUCGAGAUGAGCCGGAUUAAUCAUUACCAACAAAGGCUACAGUCGCUGUACUUCAAAAAGAAGUUUGCAGAGCGUGUGGCAGAAGUGAAGCCCAAAGUGGAAGCAAUCCGUUCUGGCUCAGAAGAGGUAUUUAGCAGUGGGGCCCUCAAGCAGUUGCUAGAGGUGGUUUUGGCAUUUGGAAAUUAUAUGAAUAAAGGCCAAAGAGGCAAUGCCUAUGGAUUCAAGAUAUCCAGCCUCAACAAGAUUGCUGACACAAAAUCUAGUAUUGAUAAGAAUAUUACCCUUUUGCACUAUCUCAUAACUAUCAUGGAGAGUAAAUACCCAAAGGUCCUCAACCUAAAUGAAGAAUUGCGGGAUAUUCCUCAGGCAGCAAAAGUAAACAUGACUGAGCUGGACAAAGAAAUAAAUACCUUGAGAAGUGGCUUGAAGGCAGUGGAGACAGAGCUGGAGUAUCAGAAGUCUCAGCCCCCACAGCCUGGAGAUAAGUUUGUAUCUGUGGUCAGCCAGUUCAUCACCGUAGCCAGCUUCAGCUUCUCUGAUGUUGAAGAUCUGCUGGCAGAAGCUAAGGACCUGUUCACUAAAGCAGUGAAGCACUUUGGGGAAGAGGCUGGCAAAAUACAGCCCGAUGAGUUCUUUGGCAUUUUUGAUCAGUUUCUCCAAGCUGUGUCAGAAGCCAGACAAGAGAAUGAGAACAUGAGAAAGAAGAAGGAGGAGGAAGAACGCCGAGCCCGCAUGGAGGCACAGCUCAAAGAACAGCGGGAAAGAGAGCGGAAAAUGAGGAAAGCAAAAGAGAACAGUGAAGAAAGCGGAGAGUUUGAUGACCUUGUCUCAGCUUUACGCUCAGGAGAAGUGUUUGACAAAGACCUUUCUAAACUGAAACGGAAUCGCAAACGCAUUUCCAACCAGGUGACAGAUGGCAGCCGAGAGAGACCAGUCACAAAACUUAAUUUUUAAUUUCCUUUCAAUACUUUUCUAGAAAGCCCAGUAGCAGCCCUUUGAAGUAACUAGACCUUUUUGUCACACUGCCGUGGCAGUUCUCCAUCUGUGCGUGCGUGUGUGCGUGUGUGUGUAAAUGGACGCGUACAUAUAUAUUAAAACUGUGCAGAGAAGUCUGAGUGUCGUCUAGAGACACGUGUACGGUCAGUCUUCGUUCCUGUGUGCACAGUGACCUGUGUCGUGUGCGAGCGAGUGUGGCCCAGUGUCUGUCCCUGAGCGCAGGGACAGUUCAGAAGCACAAUGCUCCCCGCGGAGACGGCAGGUGCUCCCUGGCGUACGGAGAAAACAGGCUUGGGAAGAGCUGUAGGGCUUCAGUGUCGUCUCCUGGAAGUCAUUUCCGCUGGAGGGAUGGGGCUGGAAGACUAGACGGAGCCUGGCAUUGGCUGACGAAGCGUGAAGCGUCAGGGACCGAUGGGCCCUGCUCAGACCGCGGACGGGAUGUGGCAAGGCAGGCUGUUUGUUGACAACAUCUUGCACACCAUUUGUGUUGUGUAGAAUGUCACUCACAACCCUUUUAUAUGUUUAAAGCUUGGACGUCGGGUUUUUUCCCCCUAAUUUCAUCAAGUUUUCUGCCAAGUGCUCUUGAUGAUUUCUUUAUUGCUUUUAGGGGAAAAAAAUAUGUAAAUGCAAUCUAUGCCCAUUUUAAAGAACAAGAUUGCUAGAAUGUGCUUGUUGUUCUAGUAUAGACACUUAAACCUUAAAAAUAAAGUCCUCACCCAAGACUUCAAGGAAGAAUUCUCUACGGGAUGAAUUUGAUUAAUUUUUUAAUGGGGUGCCUUUUUUUGGCUUUUUCUAUUUUCUUUGUAGGACAAGCUGCAUCUUCUGUAAAUAUAGGCCUAGGUAAAGAGCACUUAGCACAUCCAUAAAAUGUCAACAGACCUAGCCCAAUCUAUUUAUCUCUAAGUAUAUUUGAAGUGGUUUGCUGUUAUAUGUUGUCAUUUUAAAUUGUGUGUUGGUAAAGCUACCUGUAAAAUUUCAGUCCAAAAAAUAAAGCUCUCAGGGAGAAACGAAUACAAACAAUGAACAUUAGAAAAUAAAAUAUAGAUGCUUACCAUUAACCUACCAACUCUUAAUAUCCUUAAAUUAUAUGAUCUAUAAAGAGGACUGUUACUUUUUUUCUUUCGCUUUAUUUAUUUGUAGUUUGUGUUGGGGGGGUGGCUCACGUUUUCUCUUCUCUUUCCUUCUGUCCUGUUAUGGUUGGGUUUCCUGUGGAGAGUAGUUUUUCCUGGUGCACUAGAACAUUACUUACUCACUAAAUUGAAUUUUUCAAUCAACUAACAAAUAUUUAUUAAGCACCUACUAUGUACCAGGCAUAGUAGAGCUACAGUGGUAAACAAGACAGAGUCCCUGCCCCUAAGGAGCUGACAUUCUCCUGGGGAUCUCCAGGGAUGAACAGAACACCAGUGUGCGCUAUAAAGAAACCGUACUACUUAAAAGUAAUUUGUGUUAACUCUGGUGCUUAGUGCAGAUGGCAAGGUGUCUGUGCUGGGUGAAAGCUGUGAAACAGUGCUCUGAGUUGUUGAGAGCUGUGGUUUUAUAUUUUUUCCUCAUUACAAACUUAGCAACUUUCUACCCAUUAUGUAGAAGUAAAUGACGCUUCCAAAUAAAGCAAUCUUAAACACAAAGCAGAUCAGCUCCCCGGCCCCUCGCAAGCUACAGACCAUGCGAGGAGCAGCAGCAAUGAGCUGCAGAAGCACGGAGAGGAGGAGGACGCUAGAAAGGUAGUUUCUCUGUUACUUAACUAAAGUGCCUCUACCUAUAUUCUUUUCUACUUAUAGCAGGAGAAAUUUGGUCUGGCUCAAUUUUGGAACUGUAUUUUCAAAAUGGCUUCAUCUUACAGUUUAAGGAAUGAACACACAGAAGGAGAGUCGCAAAAAGGAACAAAUUUGUGUAGCGUGUCCCUCCUGCCCCUCUGAGUCACCUUUGGUAUAGCCAUCCUGGUGGGCCUCCUUUGCCAUUUUCAUAUUUGGUUUCUUUCCCUAAAAACUGUGUGCAGGUAAUUCAAUGUGCCAUUGUUGGGGGGAAAAAAAACUACUUCUUAGACUGGUGCUGGUGUAAGUAGUCACUUUUCUCUCUUGGGUGUGUAUUUUAAAGGUUGGUUGUUUGUUUGUUUGUUAAAUUAAUGCCAAAAAGAAAGAAGCAUUCUAAUUUGUAAACUUAAUUAUAUGUCUUAUAUCUUAUUAGCUUAGUAGUUCGAACCACUUAGUCUGUAGGUGCAAGAGUGUUGUUAUUGUACCAAGAAAAACUGUUGUAUGUGUUAUGAGACUGUACAUUUUUUUAAGAUAGCAAUAUGCAAUAAAGAUGACUUCAUUGGGUGUAUAUAUACAUAUGCUUUCUAUGAAUUAUUAAAAUAGCAUCAACAAAC